UUUAUACUUAAACCCCGACUAGGGUUCUACUUCUAGCAAGCUCACUGUUUCAAAUUACAAAUUUCCCUCUUUAAAUCCUAUCAUUAUCCAAAACAACAGCUAUAAUUAAACGAAAUGGGGAAGCUUGGGAAGAAGGCGAGGAAGUUUGCGAAGAAGAAUCUUCAAUCAGUUAUGAAAAGACAACGCAAGAAUAAGUCAGUGUUCAAGAAGAGAAUUGCUAAAAAGAAAGCGGUGCAUGAAGCUGUAGACCUAGAAGAAGACAAAUCCCACAUUUCCAGAGGAAGAAACCUUGAGGUUGAAGACAUUGAAGGUAUUUCCUUGGAUGCAAUAUUUGGUGAAGAUGAUAGUGAUGUGGUUGGGGAUGAUUCGGACAGUGAUGGAUAUCUAUCAGAGGAAGAAAGUUGGACGCAUAUGGAUGUAACUCCAAGUGAGAGUUAUGUAGAAGGCGACAAUGACGAUGGUGGUUUAUCAGUUCAGAACAGGGAAAUGCAUAUAGAACUUAUGAAGAAAAUGAAAAAAAUGAAGAGGUUGAAAGAGAAGGACGCAGACUUUGCUAAGUUUCUGGAAAGCAAAAAGAACCAUAUUAAAGCAUUCCGAGACGAGGAAAAUUAUUCAGAUGAAGACAAGUCUAGUGAUGAUGGUAGAGAGCAAGUGAAUGGAAGUGGCACCAGUCUGUUGAGUAGUUCUGCAAUUGAUUCUCUGUGUCAGCUAAUCACAAAGGAACAGAAUGUGCAUGCACUUAAAAGACUUUUAAAUGGGUACAGAGCUGCCUGCCACUUUGGAACUGAAUCAUCCACUGUUCUAAAAGAUGGCCAAACUUUUAGCAAGAUUUUGAUGUUUGUGCUUCGUGAGGCUGAUACUAUAUUCCGUACAAUGCUGGGGAUAUCAACCUUAAAAGAAAGGAAGGAGACCAUUUUGGAACUAAAGAAUACUUCAAAAUGGAAAAAUCUAAAGCCGCUUGUUAAGUCUUAUCUGACAAGUACCUUGUUUUUGUUGAAUGAGGUUUCUGAUUCUGAGAUUUUGGCCUUCACAGUAACCCGACUCAGAGCUUCAAUAAUAUUUUUUGCUGCUUUUCCUGCUCUGCUGAAAAGGCUCAUCAAGACAUCAGUUCACUUGUGGGCAACAGGUGAAGGGACUCUAUCAUCUCAGUCAUCUCACAUAAUUCAAGCUGUGGCUACUGUAUUUAACUCAGAUAGCUUUGAUAUCUGCUUAGUUAAAUCAUACAAGGCUUUUAUUAGUCACUGCAAGUUUGUGGAGCCAGUUCUAUUGACACACAUACAAUUUUUGAAGAAUUCCUUUCUUGAGCUAUGCACUCUUGAUGUACAAAAAUCAUGUAAUAAGGCAACAAUUGCUAUACAACAACUAGCCAAGAUAUUACAGCUUGGACUGCAAACUAAGAAGAAGGAAGCUGUUAAGAAGAUAUGCAGUUGGCAGUGUGCUAACUGCAUUGAGCUCUGGGUUGCAUUUAUAUCAGUAAAUAUACAUGAUCUUGAUCUUCAACCAUUGCUUUAUAUGAUCACUCAGAUCAUAAUUGGAGUAGCUACUCUAUUCCCAGGACCAAGAUAUUUGCCUUUAAGAGUUAAAUGCAUUCAAUGGCUGAAUCACCUCUCAAGCUCUAGUGGUGUAUUUAUACCUAUAGCAUCAUUGGCCAUGGAUAUUCUGGAAUAUAAAUUUGACAAGGCUGGUGGGAAGGCAGGAAAGAAGUUCAGCUUUUCAUCUUCCGUAAAGUUACCAAAACACUGGCUUAAAUCUCGAGACUUUCAAGAAGAAUGUGUUCUCUCAGCUGUUGAACUACUGGCUGUGCACUUUAUGCAGUGGAGCUACCAUAUAUCCUUCCCAGAAUUGGCAACUAUUCCACUUCUUCGUUUCAGGACUUUUCAUGAGACAACUACCAUUGAGAGUUUCCGGCGUGUGGUGAAGCGCUUUAUUGAUCAGGUGGAGCAGAACAUUGAGUUUGUGAGGAAGAAGAGGGAUGAAGUUGGUUUUUCACCCACAGAUCAACAAUCUGUUGACUCAUUUCUGCAGCUGGAGAAGUGCGGUGGUAAUUUCCCGUUUACACAAUAUUAUAGGAGUAUCAUGGAGAAGUCUUUUCCUAGAAAUCUGCUUCUUGAUAAAACUACAAGUGGCUUAAAGAAAAAGAAGUCAAAUGGAAAGAAGGAACAUUCAAAUAAGAAUGCCGAUGUGGCGGUUAAUGGACAAGGGAGUUCAGAUUAAUAGAAGUAUACCCGGGAGAUAGAAACUGGAAAAAGUAAUACUUCCUUGCUACGCCAGUGAAAUUUAGAAUUUUGUUGGACAUUUUGGUAUCUAUAGUUUCUGACCCUUCCCCUUAUUUAAACUUCUGGGGAGUCCAAUCUAACAGAAAUUCAGUAAGCUCUGUUCUUUAUAUAUGCCGAAAGUAGGUGUAUCUGCAAUGUUAUGAAGAUGAAAUUAAAGUUUUAUACUACAAAUCUUCGAGUGGUUGAGAAAUAUCUUGGCAGGAAAGUCGCUCAAAUUAAAGCAGAAAUGGAAGUGUUGCCCUUCUAUACUGCACCUAAUGGCGGCUGUUUCCCCCCCAAAAGAUCUAAGGAGUUUGCUCUUUCAAGACCGGUUAGAAUCUAGGGAAAAGAUAAGCGUUUAUUUACAGAAAACAGUUAUAGCAGCCAUAAAAGAAGGCGUGGAACUUUCCUAGGCUCACAACAGACAGCACUUGUGUGAAUUUCUUGAUAUAAAAUGUUUGUUCCUUUUUUUGUGACCACAAUGAUCUAUUUGUUCCUUGUUAUUCUUAAUCUUUUGAAACUUAAAAACAUUUAUGUCA